AUGAAGGAGUAUGUUAUCCACGGGAAGCCCGAGUUCGAAGGAACUCUGAGAGAAGUCCAAGUCCCCAAGCCUGGACCCAGGGAUGUUCUUAUCAAAGUGAGGGCCGCAGGAUUGAACCCUAAGGACUGGAAGUUCACCAAGGGGAGAAGCGCACCGGAGGCUCUGAACGCCGGAGAUGAUGUAGCCGGUAUCAUCGAGGCAGUCGGCCCCGAAGUGUUUGAAUACAAGCCAGGAGACCGAGUCGCUGCUUUCCAUCGUAUGGGACACCCUGGUGGUACAUACGCUGAAUACUCGAUUGCUCCGGCUUCCACCACAUUCCACCUGCCCCCGAAUAUCUCAUUUGAGGCUGGAGCGGGCAUCCCACUAUCAGCCAUUACCGCAGCAUUGGCGCUAUACCAGUAUCUUCAGAUUCCCUUCCCUACGACUCUUGGAACCAAGAAUAUUCCCAUCCUUAUCUACGGAGGCGCCAGUGCAGUUGGUUCUUACGCGCUCCAACUGGCGCGACUAAGCAACCUCAACCCUAUUAUUACCGUUGCGGGCUCUGGAAUCGACCAUGUUAAGUCUCUGAAUGCUGCAACCCACAUCAUUGACUACCGAAAGGGCGAUGUAGCGAAGCAGAUUCUAGAGGCUGCCAACGGGGCAAAGCUCGCCUUGGCGUUUGAUGCAAUCUCAGGUCACGGGAGCUACGAGAAUAUAACUGAAGUAUUGCAAGCGUCAGGCGGCGGUCAUAUAAACAUGGUUGAUCUUCCAGGAGACCCUGAUUGGAGCUUCCCGACCGAGGUUCGGCUUACGCGUACCUUCGUCAGUUCAGCGUAUGGAGUCAAGCAUAGCUCCAUUAACGAUGAGCAAGCGAAGGCAGAUGCAGACUUUUCCUACUGCUUCUACCGAUAUUUAAGCCUCCUUCUUGCCGAGGGCUUGUUCAAACCACAUCCAGUUGAAGUGCUUCCCGACGGGCUCAACCGCAUCAUUGAUGGAGUCAGAGCUUUGCAUGAUGGCAAAGUAAGCGCCAAGAAACUUGUUGCUCAGGUUUCCGUUGAGUGA